AUGCUCAACAAGCUGCAGGGCCAGCCCGAAAGCUACGACAAGAAAUCACAGUAUCGCUUCGGAAGGACACUCGGAGCUGGUACAUAUGGAAUCGUUCGAGAGGCAGAUAGUCCAAACGGGAAGGUUGCUAUAAAGAUCAUCCUCAAGAAGAAUGUCAAGGGGAACGAGCAGAUGGUUUAUGAUGAGCUGGACAUGUUGCAGAGGCUGCACCACCCCAAUAUCGUCAGAUUCCAUGACUGGUUUGAAUCGAAGGAUAAAUACUACAUCGUAACCCAGCUGGCCACCGGUGGUGAACUCUUCGAUCGAAUCUGUGAUUACGGGCGAUUUACCGAGAAAGAUGCUUCACAAACCAUUAGACAAAUUCUAGAUGCCGUGAACUAUCUCCAUGAACGUAAUGUAGUUCAUCGAGACUUGAAGCCGGAAAAUCUUCUAUAUCUCACUACUGAACAGGACUCUCCCCUUGUCCUUGCAGAUUUUGGAAUUGCAAAGAUGUUGGACAGCGACUCCGAGGUGCUCACAUCCAUGGCUGGCUCCUUUGGCUACGCCGCUCCGGAAGUGAUGCUAAAACAGGGCCACGGGAAGGCCGUCGACAUGUGGUCUAUGGGUGUCAUUACAUACACACUCCUCUGCGGAUACUCCCCUUUCCGAUCAGAGUCUCUCAAUGAUCUGAUUGAAGAAUGCCGAACUGGCCGUAUCGUCUUCCAUGAACGAUACUGGAAGGAUGUUUCCAAGGACGCUAAGGAAUUCAUCCUCACCCUCCUUCAGCCAGACCCAACCCUCCGUGCAACUAGUGAAGAAGCUCUACAGCACAGAUGGCUCAAGGGUGAAACUGCCACGGACCACAACAUUCUUCCUGAACUUAAGACUUAUAUUACACGGAAUCGACUAAAGCGUGGAAUUGAAAUCAUCAAGCUUGCAAACCGCAUCGAGGCCCUUAAGAUGCAGGACGAGGGCGAUGAUAUUCCUGGCGCUACUGCCGACAGCCUUGAUGAUAAGGAAGCAAGUGACAAGCCUGCUGCCGAUGACAAAGCUGCUACAUCCGAUGCUCCACCAUCUAACAAGGGCCGUCUUAGCAGACUUGCGCGAGGAGCUAUAUUCAGAGAGGUAGUGUUGGCCAAAGUCCGGGAAAUGAAACAGCAAGAGCAGCAGCAUCAAGUUGAAAAGGAGGUUCUAGAGAAGGUUGAGAAGAAGGGACACUAA